UAGUGUUUCUAGAAGGGCUUUAAAUCCAGGGUGCAGCGUAAGACUUGUGUGAUGUAGAUCUUGAAUUUUGUUUUUAGGAUGCUUACGAGUGGCAGCGGGCUGGAGAUGGCAGAUAAGAUUUAUGAGAGGUGCUUAUGAGAUUUGCUCGCGUAUCAGUGCAGUCAGAGCUGUUUGUUGAUGCUUGAAGCCAACGCGUUGGUGAGGCAUGCCAACAUGCCAAAUCGCCAACGCGGCAUGUGCCUACAAAAGGUCUCACGAGGUACAUUGCAUUGCAUGUACAUGAAUACGAAGCAACAGCAACGCCGCAGACAGAAAAGAAAAAAACCAGAGUCAGUACAGACAAAAAAGGACCCGCAAGCACAUGCAAAUUCGCCAACUCGCCGCUAAGCCCCAAUAACCCGUUCUCGGUGGGCUGUUGAGGAAAGACUGCACGAGGGCCUCUCCACGCACUAGGCUCUAAGAGCGAGGGCUGCCCGUCGAAUUCAACAAAGUUGAUCCCUGGAGAGCGAGUUGAUGGAGUCUAGACGAUGGACACGGCAAAUUAGAGCCCGUUAUCUGCCAAUAGAUUGCCAGCUAAUACGCUCAGCUAAUGCUAUCUAGAGCUGUGUCUGUGUCUCAGUAGGGGCAUCUGUACUUCAAGUUGCAUGUCACAAAUACACCAGGAGAAGACAAUUGGAA